CGUUACAAAGCAAGGGGUCGCAAAACAGUAACCUGCUCUGUCUGUUUUUCCCCCGAAAAUUACGAAACUACCAAUUAAAUGAGAGAGAGAGAAGAGAUAAGAGGAUUCUUCGUUCAAGAGCACACACGGAGAUCAUAGAGAGAGAGAGAGAGAGAGAGAGAGAGAGAGAGAACACGUUGAUUUUGAUUUGAUUUUCUCUGCUUCUCUCUCCUUUUCCUCACUCGAUUCAUUUCCCUUUUGCAGAUUUGGUUUUCUUUCCAUUUUUUUUGGAUAGAUAACCCAAAAGCAGUCACUGAUCAGAUCUGGUUUUUUUAGUUGGAAGGAAAGGUAUCCAAUGCUCCUGUUUGAGCACUUUGGAAUGGAAUUUGGUGGUUCUUGAUCCAAAGGUUUCGAUUCUCGAAUUCUUCUGGUACAUUCUCGAUCAGUUCAAGAACAAGAAAUAAAUCCUGGGUUUGAUCUGAUUCAUUUCCUUGAAAUUUGACUGUUAAAAAGAGUUCCAUGGAAGCUAGUGUUGGUGGUCGACGAAGACUCACACAUCAGGUCUCAGUCGUGGACACAACAAAUCUCAGAGAUCUUCUGAGAGUCAAAGAUGACGACGAGAGCAACAGAGACUCCCUGACAGGGCUAACUCUCGGAGCAGUCCUCGGUUGCGAUGUGACGAGAACAGUAAGGGUUCCACCAGUAAGCCGUACACUCCUCGACAUCAUCAGAGACGAAGAAUCCGGCACCAAAGGCCUCUCUGGUCACAACCGCAGGAACUGGAAAUCAUUCCGAGACCGCCUCCGGAUCCGCCGCGCCAGUGCCGCUUGGACCUCCUCCGCCGCCGACGAGGACGAAAAUGACCGCUGCAUUCUCCAGAUUUCAGAUCCAAUCUCGGCCCCGCCGCAUUCCGGCUCGACCGAAUCGGCUCAACCAGGGAACGGACCGAACAGUAGACGAGACGGAGGAGACGGAGGAGACAGAGGAGACAUCGUUACGGAGUACGACGCCGUCGCCGCUGCUAACAGACCUGUUAUGAUGCGACUCGCGGCAGCAUCAGCGACGGAGAGAGAGUUGCAGCGGCAACGGGAGAUAUCGAUGUCCGUGUCGAUGUCGAUGUCGAACCCGGCUCCUGUAGUAGAGGAAGUAAGAGAAGAGCAACCGGUGGUUGAGACAGAACAGUCGGCGGUGGAGGAGGCGGAGGCGCCGGUGAGGAUGUCGUUGAUGGCUUUACUGGAGGAAACGGACAGGCAAUCGGGGAUACUGGGGUCCACAUUGAUGGGUGACAUGGCGGAUGAAGAAGAGGAAGAGGUGUAUGUGGAUGUAGACGACGAAGGGAGAGGAGGAGAGUACGUUUGCUGCGUUUGUAUGGUGAGGCAUAAAGGUUCGGCAUUCAUACCUUGUGGGCAUACGUUUUGCAGGCUUUGUUCAAGAGAGCUUUGGGUUUCAAGGGGGAAUUGCCCACUCUGCAAUGGUUUCAUCUUGGAGAUUCUGGAUAUCUUCUAAGCAUAAUCAAACACUAGAAUCGAAAUUAUUCUUCAGAAUGCCCAGAAUUGAGUGAUUAUCUCUCUUACUUACAAUUUACUUUUACUGUUUUUUUAUUAA